AUGGGUCUUAAGCGCUCGUCGUCGUCACUGUUCCUCAGCUUUCUGGUUGCUCUGUUUUUGGUUCUGAGUAACUCAGCCGUGGUCUGCAAUGCCGGCGAGACCAGCAGCUUCGUCAGGAGAGAGGCCAAGUCCGUCGACAUGCCUCUGCAUAGCGACGUUUUCCAGCCACCCUCUGGCUACAAUGCUCCACAGCAGGUACACAUAACGCUAGGAGAUCAGGAAGGGAGCGCAAUGAUAGUGUCGUGGGUGACGAUGGAUGAACCCGGUUCGAGUGAAGUUGUUUACUGGAAGGAAGACGAGAGCUCAGUCAAGAAGUAUGCUCACGGGAAACACAAGAGUUACAAGUUCCAUGACUACACUUCUGGCUACAUUCACCAUUGCACCAUCCGAAAAUUGGAGCAUGACACCAAAUACUACUACGAAGUUGGAAUUGGUCACACCGUGAGACGAUUCGUGUUCACAACGCCUCCACCGGUUGGCCCGGAUGUCCCUUACACAUUCGGCAUGAUUGGUGAUCUUGGUCAGACUUUCGAUUCGAACAUCACACUCACCCACUACGAGAAGAACCCUAGGAAACCACAGGCCCUGCUGUUUGCCGGUGAUCUCUCUUACGCCGAUAACUACCCGAAUCACGAUCAGCACAGAUGGGACACAUGGGGAAGGUUCGUCGAGAGGAGCGUCGCUUACCAGCCAUGGAUCUGGUGCGCUGGAAACCACGAGCUCGACUUCGUCCCCGAAAUUGGUGAAACUCAGCCAUUCAAGCCAUAUCUGCACCGAUUCCAUGUCCCUUUCAAAGCAUCUGGAAGCACUUCUCCUCUUUGGUACUCUGUCAGGAUAGCUUCAGCACAUAUAAUCGUCUUGUCUUCAUACUCUGCCUACGGUAAAUACACACCUCAGUAUCAAUGGCUGAAAACAGAGCUGACCAAAGUGAACAGGACAGAGACGCCAUGGCUGAUUGUGAUGCUGCAUUCGCCGUGGUACAACAGCUACGACUACCACUACAUGGAAGGCGAGACGAUGAGGGUCAUGUUCGAGUCGUGGCUCGUGGAUGCGAAGGUCGACCUUGUCAUCGCUGGCCAUGUUCACGGCUACGAGCGAUCUGAACGCGUCUCCAAUGUGGCUUACAACAUCGUGAACAAGCAAUGUAGUCCGGUGAAGAAUCAGAGUGCUCCUGUUUACCUCACAAUUGGGGAUGGUGGAAAUGUUGAAGGCUUGGCAAACAAGAUGACUGAACCGCAGCCGGAGUAUUCAGCAUUCAGGGAGGCGAGCUUUGGGCAUGCUAUUCUGGAUAUCAAGAACAGGACGCACGCUCACUAUAGCUGGCACAGGAACCAGGACGGUUAUCCGAUGGAAGCCGACACGAUGUGGUUCUACAACAGAUACUGGCACCCUGUUGAUGAAUCCAGAAGCAACUGAUCAUGAUUUUAGAUUAUACUAGCUUUCCUUUUGUUGAAUAAGCUGUUUUUCAUUCUGCUAUUUGGUAUUUUGCUUGGAGAAGUGUACAUUGUAGGGAACCAACUGAACCUUUUGGUAGUGAAUUCUUGUUUAUGUUUGGUUACAAUAAGAAGGAUUCCCCAUUAUUAUUAUUAUUAUUAUUAUUAUUAUUAUUAUUAUUAUUAUUAUGGGU